GCCUACUUUAUUGACCACGCCCAUAUUGAACAUUGAAAGAGAGGAAGAACAUGAAUUUCAUUCUAAUUCUUGUCUUACUGAUAGAACUUGGUUUUUCUAAUGAUUUGUUUACUGAUGAAUGGGCACCUUCUUCAUCGAUUUCUGACAUUGAUUUCGACUCUUCCUCCACUCUUGAUAGCAUUACAAUAACCAAUCAUGUGACCACUACUGAUAUUGAGCCAUCGAGUCAUGUGACCGAUACCGAAAGUCACAUGACAAGCUGCCUACCUACUUCAAGUGAUGCUACUAAUACAUCUAAAACCUCUAAGAGUAUUAGAACUGCUGCUUCAGUAUCAGAGGGAGUAUCCACAGUACACAGUCGAUCUUCACAUUCUAUUCCUCCCAGUGGUACGCCCACGUCUCCAACUUUAUCACUGGAGUCUAGAUUAGUCCUGUAUAUCACCAUACCUCCAUUGGUCCUACUAGUCAUUGUUGUCAUUAUUGCUUCCUUGAUACUCUGUUACAGAAGAUAUAGAAAAAUGAAGAACAUCAGACUCCAUUUAAUGCCCCUGCACAAUCUUGAUGGGAGUGAUGAUGAAUAUGAAGAGGAUGAAGACGAAGACGUGGAGGAUGCAUUGGACAACGAACCAUCAUUCACUAUUUCAUCUGAUUCAAGGCAACCAAUACUUCAGUUUUCUGACAUGAAUUGAAGAAAAAUCAACAUUUAAAAAUCACAUCCACAAUAAUAAUUAUUAUUAUCGUUGCUGUAUUAUUUGUAGCUAUAGUUAAUAUCGUAGAGACUACAGUGUGAAUACAGGUCUUAAUGUGUGCGUGUGUGUUAUUAUAAAUUUUUUAUUUCUUAUUGGCUGGUGUCCGUAUUAUUGAUUUAUUCAUUAAUUUAAUUAUUAUCUCAGUAUAACACAGUACACCUCAGUA